GUAAAGGAGAGGAAUGGACAACUGAAAGCGUUACCAAACCAGAGACACACAUUUCAUAAGGAGCACUUGUAAUCAAGAGACAUAUACAAGUAAAGUGCAGGUCAUUUUAAUCGGGUUUUUGAACGGUUGCCCCUCUCGAUGUGAUUCCCCGACCGGCUUGAGCGGAGGUGGAUGCGUUUUGCGUAACCAAGAAAAGAUGGCAGUGGAUAUCCCCGGGCUGGUGGCCGUGGUGAUUUUUUAUAUUGCCAUUCUGGCAACCGGGAUCUGGGCGUCUCGAAAAUCCAGAAAAGAGGAGAAGAAAUGUAUUGGCAGCAAGAGCGAGGUCACCAUAGUCGGUGGUCGCAACAUUAAUGUUCUGGUGGGGAUAUUCACAAUGACAGCCACCUGGGUUGGAGGAGGUUAUAUUAUGGGUACUGCUGAGGCUGUUUAUUCUCCUGCUCAAGGUCUCAUCUGGGCCAUGGGACCUCCUGCUUAUCUCAUCACUUUUCUUAUGGGAGGAUUGUUUAUUGCCAAACCUAUGAGAUCAAAGCGCUACUUGACCAUGUUGGACCCAUUUCAGCAUCACUAUGGCAACUCCUUCACCACGGCACUGUUGCUUCCUGCUCUCAUCAGUGAUAUUUUGUGGGUUGCCUGCGUCCUUGCUGCUCUUGGUGGAACGAUGAGUGUCAUUCUGGGGCUGUCCUCCAAUGUCUCCAUCAUUGUCUCAGCAGCCGUUUCUAUCACCUACACAUUUCUGGGGGGUCUCUACUCUGUGGCUUAUACUGACAUCAUUCAGCUCUGCUUCAUCUUUGUUAGCCUGUGGUUCUGCAUUCCCUUCAUGCUUCUCAGUCCUGCAUCUGCGGACAACGCACACACAGCCUUUCACAACCAGUCAAAUACUGGCCCAUGGCUUGGUGAACUGAAGCUGGAGGAUGCAGGGAAGUGGGCAGAUGAGAUGCUGUUAUUGGCUAUGGGAGGGCUGGCCUACCAGGCUCUACACCAGCGGAUCCUCUCUGCAGCCUCCUCUGCUCAGGCUCAGAUCACCUGUUUUGCUGCUGCUGGUGUAGUUCCUCUCAUGGGACUCCCUUCAGUUAUCAUUGGGGCAGUGGCUGCCUCUGCAGACUGGAAUCAGACAGAGUAUGGUCUACCCUCUCCUUAUGAUCGCGGGGAGGCAGGAAGGAUCCUGCCACUGGCCCUGCAGUACCUCGCACCCUCCUGGGUGUCAGUGUUAGGAAUUGGUUCAGUGGCUGCAGCCGUUAUGUCCUCCAUGGACUCUGCGCUGCUAUCCUCUGCAUCCAUGUUUACCCAAAAUAUAUACAAGAGGAUUUUAAGGACACAGGCGUCAGAGCGAGAGCUGCAGUGGGUGAUCCGUGUUAGUGUGUUGCUGUUGGGCCUGGGAGGGACAGCCCUGGCCUUUGGUGACGACAGCGUGUUUGCCUUCUGGCUGGUGAGCGGGGAUCUCGUCUACUGCAUUAUCCUGCCGCAGCUCAUCUGCGUUUUGCACUUUCGCCGUGCCAACAGCUAUGGUGCUAUCAGUGGCUACUUAGUGGGGAUGGUGCUGCGUUUGCUGAGCGGGGAGCCGCUGCUCAGGAUCCCUGCUGUAAUCUUGUACCCUGGCUGGAGGGAGCAGGACGGGGUCAUCAUCCAGUACUUCCCCUUCAGGACUCUGUCCACGCUGGUAUCUCUACUGUGUAUUCUUAUAGUGUCCUACCUGGCGGAGCUUGUCUUCUCACAUAGACUGCUGUCUCUCUCCUGGGAUGUGCUGGGUGUGUUUGGAGAGAAAGAGGAGUCAGAGGACGAGGAUAAACCUGAGCACCAAACAAAACCGAACAAUAUCACAAGUACAUUCUUAUAGGGUUAAUAUCAGUACAACACACACCACAAUCUACUUCUUUCACUGCAGAGACCAUGGACAUUAUACACUCCCUGACUUUCUGUCUCUGUCUCUCUCUCUCUCUCUCUCUCUCUCUCUCUCUCUCUCUCUCUCUCUCUCUCUCUCUCUCUCUCUCUCUCUCUCUCACUCACACACUCACACUCACACACACACACACACACACACACACACACACACACACACACACACACACACACAAAGCAUUUACACCAUAGCUUUAAAUGAUAGGCCUUUGAAUUACUGGAAUCACAAUGAUACAGAUGCGAUAAAAAUACAAAAUACAUAAUUUGAUAUCAGAUUACAUUGUCUCAAAAUAUUAAAACCAUCCACUUUCCAUGGUAAGUUUUUCUAAGAAACAAGUUUUGUAAUAGACUGCAAAAAAAAAAAAAAAAAAAGUUAUUUAUAUUUAGACAGCAUAAAUAAAUUCAGGGUUAUUAAAAAAAAAUAUGCACAUGUGUUGGAUUACCAUUAGUGUAUUUGGCAAAUUACUGAUCGUGUGUAGCACAUGACAGACCUUUGUGAAAAAUCUUGUUUUAAAUGCUGUAUGCUUUAUAUAUAUUUAUAUUUAGUUUAAAAAAAAGAUGAUUCUGUCCUCCACAAACAUUUAUAUGACGGCGUAUUUGUGCCAUUGUGUUUCCUUGUAACCAAAUCUGCUUACUGUUAUGUAUUUGCAGGGGCGCCGUAUAUGGGGGAAAAGUUAGGACAAUUCCAAGGGCCCUUGCCUGACAGGGGCCCCAAAAAAUAGGUAAAAACUAAUAUAAAAUUAUUAAACCAUCAACUAGUAAAUAUAUAUAUAUAUAUAUAUAUUUUUUUUUUUUUUCAUGGGGCCCAAAAUUCCUGGCGGCGCCCCUGUGUAUUUGUAUGAAAUCAUUUAUAAUGUCACAACUUCAUUUUCUGAGUGCUAUGUCUUACAUCCAGCUUAUAACCCUGCACACAGCAACACUUCCUGUCUUUUUCAUCUCUGUCUGUAUAACAGCAGUUACAUAGCACCACCUAUUGCCUGGGUAGGAUUAGCUUUCAGAACACAACAAUUGUAAAGUAUGAUCUGACUAAUUUGAUUUGGUCAUCAACUGCAGACUGGAUACACAGUAAGCUUAUACAUCCAUGAGUAAAGCAGCGGCGUCUGCAGUGUGUGGCUGAUCCAGCCUUGCAAAGCAAAGCAAACUUUUUUUUCUCAUACAUUUGUGACUUUUUAAUGUCUGAAAUUUCACGUUUUGUCUCAUCAAUUUGCGGGUAUUUUUCUCGUAAAUUUAUUACUGUAAUCUCAGAAAUUCUGACUUUUAUUCUCCCAGCUCUGUAUUUGUUUCUUUCCCUAUAAUGGCCCUAUAUGCCGUCAUACAUUUGGUUGUUUUAUAAGGAGCAGUUUUAAGUAUGGCAUAUAGCCAAAGCAAUAACCCUCAGGCAGGCAACUGAGUGAACUUUUUGAAAUAAUAGAUAUCUUGAUUUAGAUAAAACAAUUUUCAUUUUUUCAGUAUUCCUUUAAUUUCUUUGUAGCUCUGUUCUCAAGGACUCUCAGUUAGCUACAGAUGGGAAGUUAUAUUGUUUUCUGGUUAUUAUCUGUGCUCAUAUGUGAUUCUGCAUGCUGUAAGUGUUCAUGUGGAAAAAAAAACAUGUGAUAGCAGAUACCUGAGGCAGUGUGGUUGACUGCACCUUCCCAGAGUUUCUUCCCAGGUGUGCCUGCUAAACCAAAAAAAGAAAAAAGAAAAAAAAGAAAAAAGAAAACACUGCACAAGCAGAUGAUAUCUCUAAAGGUGGGAUUUGAUAAGGCACCUUGAAGUAGAACAGGUCAAACACACAGUUUUUGAAUCCAUACAAGAAAAGAAAAUACAAACUCUCUUUGGUCUUAGACAAAGAUUGAUUGAAUCACUUGGUGUUUUUUGGGUGUGUGUAUGAGUGUGAGAGACAUACAACACAUAUAUAGUCAAGGACAUACUCUUUUCAUGUGUUAUAGCCUACAGUUUUAGGUAGAGUGACUAAUAAUGCAAAGGUAGGUAGACUUAUUACCACUGCUUUUGUUCAGAAAAGUACUAACAGAAAGUGUCUUUCUUUGUUGCCUUUAGGCCACAGUUCCCAUUAUUUUGAAAUCUCCGUGGUAAAUACCCAUAAAACCACAAUGCAAUUGCAAUGCCACCCGUGCAGCAGCAGAUGGCGGCUUUUAAACAUGAAGCGGACCAAAACCAAACACGACACCAACUUGAUAAGACAUGGCUAUUUACAGUCAAAAAAAAAAAAAAAAAAAAAAAA